GUUUAACAUCCUGUGUGACUGUGCUGUACAAACAGGAUGCUGCUCCUCGGACACAUUCAGACAUCAACUGUGUCGGUCAGAGAACACGUUGCAGCUCUACAUUCAUUUCUUCAUUGUCUGUGGGACAUUUUAUUGUUUCUUUACUUUUGGAACCAAACUAACCAUUAAAUAUUUACUCCAGUGACCUUGAGAUACAAUUCAACUGCAGGGUGAAAGGAAAGAACAUUGGAACAACCAAAAGGUAUGAACUGCUGUUAGUUACCAAGGAGGAACCCAUCUGACAAACAACAAGAAGACGAGAGACUCCAUACUGUUUACAGUGUUCAUAAGGGUUUUACUGUAUCAAACCAGAAGACGAGAGACUCCAUACUGUUUACAGUGUUCAUAAGGGUUUUACUGUAUCAAACCAGAAGACGAGAGACUCCAUACUGUUUACAGUGUUCAUAAGGGUUUUACUGUAUCAAACCAACGUUCUACAGAUAUCCACCGGAACCAAACUAUUCUGACAAUUAUCUCAGUAGAUUUGACUGACGUUGGAAGAGAUGAGAUCUAUGUUUUCCCACCCUGCCGUCCUGUUCCUGUGGAUUCAGAGUUCUAGUGGAUGGAUGCAUCCUAAAUGCCAGAUUUAUGACAGUAGUGAAGACUUGGGACACUUUCCCACCUGGAUCUGCAGCCACAUACCUCAUCAUGCAGAACGUUACACUGCUGCCUGUCAAGAUGUCACAGCCAUCGAGGAGGAUCUACUUGGACUUCCCCCUAAUAUCAAUACCCUCUGCAUAUAUAUGACACAUGGUGAAAAUAGAUCCAUGUCUCUGGGCUUUUUCUCUCAGUUUCAGGAUCUGGAGUACCUGUACAUUAAGGGCUGUUUUACUCAAAUCCUUCCAUCUGGGAAUAGUCACCUUCCAAAUCUGCAACAUAUGUACUUAAGUAAUUGGGGAAUGGACUAUGAUUGCUGUGAAUGUCAUAUUGGGCCUCAUACAUUCAGAGAUUUCGUCAAGCUGAGUCAUUUGACCAUAUGGGGUUAUCGACUAUCAGCAAUGGCCCCAGAUGUUUUCCAUGGCAUCCCUCAGUUACAAAGUCUCAUCAUUUUUGAACCCUGUGUAGAUGAUUUGUCAGAGAUACUAUGCAGAAUAACGAAUAUAAAGUCACUUAUAGAGCUAAAAAUAGAAGCACCAGAGAUACAAUCGUUAAACCAAUCAAACUGCUCCAUUUUAAUAACCAACGAAAGCAUGAAACCUCUUUUUAACAAUCUAGCAUUCUCUGACUUCUCAUUUGUUGAAAUAACACAUAUAGAGGAAGGUUCCAUGGCUUGGCUCCAGAACCUCACAAUGUUAACAGGGGUUUUCAGCCAGGAAGUCCUACUGCACCUUCCCCUGUCUGGGAUUCAGCAGAUACAGGACUUCAGUUGCUAUGGGAUCAAUGUCAUUGAUAUUGAAAGUAUCUGUAAUGUUGUGUUUUUGCUUUCAAUCAAGAAAUUAUAUUUAUACAAUACCAAUACAAGCAGCCUCUCCAUGUCCAGUGUUGAAUUGUGCGUUGGGCUAGAAUAUAUGUAUUUACAUGGCAUUUUCUGUUCUACUCCAUAUUUGGAUUGGCAUUUUAUUUCCAGUCUCAAAAACCUUAACCAAUUAACAAUAGCCGGCCUGGAUUACAACAGACUUGAUAUUUGCUCCUUCCAAAAACAACCAAUAAAAUGGUUAACAAAACUGACUUUAGGGUUGAACAAUAUACAGAUGCUUUUUGCUAAACAAUUUAUCUGUCUUGUUAACCUACACUAUUUAGAUUUAGCAGAUAAUUCAAUUUCAAACAUUGAAGACUUUGCUUUCCUGGGAUUGACAAAUCUGGAGUCCUUGGACAUUACAAGUAAUAACAUAACACAGAUAAAUGCAAACACAUUUUAUGGUUUACAUAGUUUGACAUGGUUAGACCUCAGGAACAAUCCACUUAUUCACAACAUUGAGGCGAUGUCUUUCACACACCUCAUGUCUCUUAGACAAGUGUUUCUCGGGCAAGUGAACAAUCCACUAACAGAACCUGUGAUCAAGCUGAAUCUGACACUUAUAUUUGGUGGAAUUCUGAGUCAGCUGACUCAUCUGUACAUUAGUUCAGCUAUGAGGCCAAUGCAGUUGACUAUCGGCAGUAACAUCACAUCUAAACAGAACCUGAGUCUCCAGCUCAAAGGCCAGACGGUGUCAUUUCAAGACUGUGACAGACCUUUCUUUCAGUCUGUAACCCAUCUUCAUGCUGAUGCUGAAGAAUUCCUUUGUGGAUCUGAAUUCAUGGGAAAGUACUUCACGUCUGUGGAGACAUUUGACUACAGAUCGAAGCUUUCAGCUAAAAGGGUUGAUUUAUCAUCAAUUAAUCAGCUGAUUCACCUGAGGAAACUGACUCUACGAGAGGUGGAUCUUUUAAUACAGCGUUCUGCCGACAUCAUUUUUCACAACUUGACCAAACUGGAGGAUCUGGAAAUGUACCACUGCAGGAUUUAUUCUUUAGAGGGGAGUUUAACUAAAGACUUGAAAUCUUUGAAAAUAUUGUAUUUUCAUAUAGAGAACAUUUAUAAUGUAUUCUACAGCUUUACUGAACCUCUCUCUAGCCUUAAGUAUUUGAUACUUCCUCAGAUCCAGAUUUUUUGCAGUUGUGACAAUGCUUGGCUCAUUACAUGGGCCAAGGGGUACAGGCAGGUUGAAGUGAUCAUGCUUACUCCGUAUACUAGUCCCGUUAUGUAUGCUUUGGAGGACUUGAUAUGCUUGUCGGACAAUGGAAUAGACACACCUAAUUUUGUCAGGUACACAGAAGCCAACUGCACAACAGAGGUUGGCUUUGUGCUCUUUGUUGCGACUGGCCUGGGAGUCCUGUUCUUCAUGCUGGUGGUGUUGGUCCAUAACCUGGCCGGCCCCUACCUCCUCCCCCUCUACCACAUCACCCUUGGCUGGCUGUUAGAAGCCAUGCGAUCCAACACCAGGGGGCGCUACCACUACGAUGCGUUUGUCUCCUAUAGCGGGAAGGACGAGCGCUGGGUGGUGGAGGAGCUGCUACCUAAUCUGGAGCAGAGGGGUCCUCCUUUCCUGCGCCUCUGUCUGCACAGCAGGGACUUCCAGCUGGGGAAGGACAUUGUGGAGAACAUCACAGACAGCCUCUACCGGAGCCGCCACACCCUCUGCCUAGUCAGCCGCAACUACCUGCUCAGUAACUGGUGCUCCCUGGAGAUGAAGCUGGCCACCUACAGGCUGCAGGUGGAGCAAAGGGACAUCCUCCUCCUGGUCUUCCUGGAGAAGAUCCCCCCUCGCCGGCUGUCUGCCCACCACAGGCUGGCUCGCCUGCUGAAAACCAGGACUUAUCUGGACUGGCCCCAGGACCCCCAUCAGCACCAGGCAUUCUGGGACAGACUGUGGGCUAAACUGAAACCUCAGACUGAGCAUGAGAUCAGAUGUUGAGGUAGAACCUUGGAUAUAGAAAUUUGACUUCAGAUGUUGAUGUAGAACCUUGUGGACUGAAAUGUGACAUGAGAAGUUGAUGUAGAACCUUGUGGACUGAAAUGUGACAUCAGAGGUUGAUGUAGAACCUUGUGUUAUUGCAGAUGCAAUGUUGACACAUAUGUUGAGCUGUUGAAUUUGUUGUUAAAAGUCCUCCGUACAAAAUGUC